CUCGCCCUCCGCCUCGGCCUCGGCCUCGCGACGCUCGAUCCGUGCGCGCUAGGUCGCCAUGGCCUCGGACCAAACCCUCCCGGUUCCCGUCCCGGUCGCGCUGCCCCCCGCCGCGCCCAACCCUGACCCGACCGCACCGCUCGCGGACGACCCGACCGCACCGCCCUUCGCCGGGGCGCGCAAGCUCCCCGUCAAGCGCCGCUCCCCGCCGCCGCGGCCGUCCUCGCCGUCCUCCUCCUCACCGGCCUCCGCCGCCGCCGCUGUUGCCAGCGCUGGCAAGCAGCCGCAGCCGCAGCCGCAGUCGCAGCCGCCGUUCAAGUUCCAGCGGAUUUGGUCCGAGUCCGACGAGCUCCGCUUCCUGCAGGGCCUCCUCGGCUGCGGCGCGCAGGGGCUCGUCUUCCCGCGCGACCUCAACGUCUUCUACGACCGCUUCUCCGAGUCCAUGCCCCAGCCCUACAGCCGCUCUCAGCUCUCCGAGAAGCUCCGCCGGCUCAAGAACAAGUUCCGCGGCAUGUCCGCCCGCGUUGGCCGUGGUCUCGACCCCGCCCGCCUCGCGCCGCAUGACCGCGACGUCCUCCACCUGUGCUCCCGCCUCUGGGACACCGCCAACGCGGCCACCUCGCCCUUUGCCGCCGGCGAUGCCUCCUCAGGGAACAAGCGCCGCCGUGCCGCCCCACGCGCCGGCCAGCUAACGCUCCCGGACCCCUCGGGGGACAGCAAUUCCCAUGAUUACAAUGGCGUUAGCUCUGGUACUCCAGGGGCCUUUGAGGAUGGACACGGUGAGGAAAUGAUGUAUCUCGAGCAGGAAAGUGCGCACUUUGGUUAUCAUGGGGAUACCGCUACCGUGGAUGACGGAAGCCUUCAUGGGAUCGUGAAGGAGCAGCCUGACGCUCUCUUUGCUCUCCCCAAUAUUGGGGAUGUUGCGGUUCCUAUUGAGAAUGGGAACGGCAAGGCCGUGGUGCCACACAGCAAUGAGCAUCUCAUGGCAAAUGCUGUGCUUGAUAUGUUUGAGGAGUGCUUAAGAGAGGUGAAGUCCAAUGGCGUUUUCUGCAGUACUAAUGUGAAUGGGAGCGCUGAAGGCAGUGAACUUGCAAAGCGGUGGAGAGCGCAGAGGAUUGAUGAGCUUGAUGUGUUGAGCCGGAGGCUAAGGUUGCUCGUUGAGGAUGCUGCAGCGGCUGGUCGCUAAGUGGAGAUGCUGGUGGUUUGGGUGAUAUGCUUCAACCCUUCAUCCCAUCUGUAUAAAAUCUAGAUUAUUAUGCUAUGCAUUUUCAGUUCCUCACUAAGCUUGAGCCUUUCUUUAGUUAGCUUAUUAUGCCUAUUAUUUAUGCCUAUGUAAAUCUUCUACGGAUAUUGCUGUCUAGUUUAAUCAUUUCAGCAGCAUAAUAUAUAUGGUUCCAGUAUUGUUAUCAUUAUGGAAAACUAGUUCAUGUAGCCUCAUACAUUCACCUUCUACUGCUUUCAUCAGAAACUGUCGCAAACUGUUACUUAAUAAGCUGCGAAAUAACAGUUCUGUUUCCUUAUC